UUGCGUUGUGCACAAUCAUUUUAGAAGAAUCGGUUGGUUGAUAGGCAAUUGAGCUAUGUUUUGGGAACAAUUGGCGAGGGUUUAUGUUUAUGAAUGUUUUGGUUAUGUUUUUAGAGGGUUUGUUUGGUUUUUCUUUUAUAGAUCAGAGGGUGAUUAUGGAGCAGCCAAGGUGAUGCUUAGACCGGCUUCACCAGGUACUGGUCUGAUUGCUGGAGGAGCGGUCAGGAUCGUGCUAGAGAUGGCAGGAGUCGAGAAUGCUUUGGGGAAACAGCUCGGAAGCAACAAUGCGAGAGCCACUCUUGCGGCAGUGCAACAGAUGAGACAGUUCCGCGAUGUUGCUCAAGAGCGUGGAAUCCCCAUGGAAGAACUCUGCAAGUGAAAACUCAACUUCACUUUAUCAUUUUCACUCUUGUAGUGAUGUAAUUCUUGAGAAAAAUAUGUUUAUUUUGAAAUACCAAAUCAUCAUAUUUACCGUUUCUGUUUCUCAUUAGAAACCCUUUUUGCCUGAAUUAGUACAAUUUCUCUUA